AUGAGCCAUGCGUCGUCUCGGCGGGCAUCUCUUGCUACGCCCAGCUCAUCUACGGCGCCUGCCCACGCGCCCGUUGUGGAAGUUGAGCUGCAACCCGAAUCAAGCCAGCCCGGGGAUGAAUUCGGGCACGGCAACACUGUCCCGAGCGGGCCGAGCCUGGACACCGGGGGCAACGGCGAGACGGAAAGCCCCAACCUCCUGCAGCCGUCCACACCGUCAGCGGCCCCCGCUGGGACCAGUGCCACGGAAAAUGUCUGGGAACGCCGCGUGCCCGUUCCCGGCAACAAAUAG